GUUUUCAGGGCAGCGCUUUCCUCUGCUAAGCGGGGCAGAUGUGGAAGACUACAAUCCCAGCGGCGCCGGGGUUGCUGUCUUGGCUCAGUUUCUGUCGACGUGGGAAAAGCGGCGCAAGAGCAAACAACACUCAAUCUAUGGGUGUAUGCGCUUGAGAUGAUACGAGUGUCAUGCGAGAGGACGCGUGUCUCUGAAAACAGAUUCCAGCAUGUGGCUCAAACCCGAAGAGGUGCUUCUCAAAAACGCGCUGAAAUUAUGGGUGACGGAAAAAUCCAACGAGUACUUCGUGCUGCAGCGCAGACGCGGAUACGGUGAGGACAGCGGCGGAUUGACAGGCCUGCUGGUCGGAACUUUGGACACAGUUCUUGACUCCACAGCCAAAGUCGCCCCGUUUCGCAUUUUACACCAGACGCCCGACUCUCAGGUGUACUGGAGCAUUGCCUGUGGAGCAUCUUUAGAGGAGAUCUCACAGCACUGGGACUGGCUGCAGCAGAACAUCAUCAGAACUCUCUCUGUGUUUGAUUCUGGUGAAGACAUCACCAGUUUUGUCCAGGGAAAGAUAAGGGGUCUGAUAGCAGAGGAGGGCACAUCAGCUGCUGAUGAGGAGGAUCCCGAACGCUUCCGGGAGGCUGUGCUGCGCUUUGAACGUCUGUUCGGUUUGCCUCAGAGAGAGAAGCUUGUGACGUAUUUCUCUUGCAGCUACUGGAAAGGACGAGUGCCAAACCAGGGCUGGAUCUACCUCAGCACCAACUUCCUGUGUUUCUACUCCUAUAUGCUGGGAAAUGAGGUGAAACUGGUGUAUCCCUGGGAUGAGGUGAGCCGUCUGGAACGUACGUCGAGUGUGUUGUUGGCAGAGAGCAUCCGUGUGUGUGUGCGUGGAGAGGAUCAUUUCUUCUCAAUGCUCCUGAGGCUCCAGCAGACAUACCUGAUAAUGCAGCAGCUGGCCGACUACGCCAUUGUGCGCUUCUUCGACAAAGAAACAUUUAAUGCUGAACAUCCACUUGCCAACCCUCUUCACAUCACGCAGAGGGCUCUGGAAAUCCAUGCACGGAAUCAGUCAUUUCGAGCAUUUUUCCGGUUGCCGCAGGAGGAGAAUCUUUGUGAAGUGCAUGAGAGUUUCCUCUGGGUUCCAUUCAGCCAUGUCAAUACGCUUGGAAAAAUCUGUCUCUCUGAGAACUGUCUGUGCUUUGCAAGCCAAGAUGGGUCUCAGUGCCAUCUCAUAAUCCCUCUAUGGGAGGUGUUUAGUGUGGAGCUGCCAGAUCACGGUAGUCGUGCCCUGACUGUGUGUCUUCGUGGCAAGAGAGCUUUGCGUUUUUCUGAGGUUCGGGAUUUUGAGCGACUUGCUGCCACCAUCCGCAGAAAGUGUGGGACAGCAGGAAGCCCCCAGCACUACAUCAGUAAUCCGGAUGAGGAGGGUGUUAUGGUGGGGCAAAGUCAAGCCGUCAGCACUGAAGCUCUUAUGAACGUCUUUCAUCCACAUGAUGCAGAAAACCUUGACCCCAAAAUGCUGAAGGAGAGAAUGAAGGAGCAGUCGUGGCAGAUCCAUUUUGCUGAAUAUGGCCGUGGAACUGGAAUGUUUUGCACCAAAAAAACACGGGAUCUCAUUGUACGAGGAGUUCCAGAGACCCUCAGAGGAGAACUGUGGAUGCUCUUCUCAGGUGCAGUACAUGACAUGACCUCUCACCCCGGAUACUAUGGACGGCUGUUGGAGGAGUGUAUGGGCAGCAGCUCGCUUGCGUGUGAUGAGAUUGAGAGAGAUCUGCAUCGCUCACUCCCAGAACACCCAGCAUUCCAGAGCGACACAGGAAUCUCGGCUCUUCGCCGCGUCUUGACUGCCUACGCUCAUCGCAAUCCCAAAAUCGGCUACUGCCAGGCGAUGAAUAUCCUGACGUCUGUGUUGCUGCUGUAUGCUAAAGAAGAAGAGGCUUUCUGGCUGCUGGUCGCUGUGUGUGAACGAAUGCUCCCAGACUACUUCAACCGUAGAAUUAUUGGAGCCCUGGUGGACCAGGCUGUGUUCGAGGAACUUAUCCGUGAGCAUCUAACCCAGCUGACCGAACACAUGACGGACCUGUCAUUCUUCUCAUCAGUGUCGUUGUCAUGGUUCCUGACUCUCUUCAUCAGCGUACUGCCAAUAGAGAGCGCUGUGAAUGUUGUCGACUGCUUCUUUUAUGAUGGUAUCAAAGCCAUCCUGCAGCUUGGCCUUGCUGUCCUUGACUACAAUAUGGACAAUCUGCUUUGUUGCCAUGAUGACGCAGAAGCUGUCACAGUCCUCAACAGGUUUUUUGACAGUGUCACAAAUAAAGACAGUCCCCUGCCAGCUACAGUACAGCAGGCAUCUGCAACAGCCAAUGACAAAUCAAUACAAAAGGUUGACAUCAGCGAUCUCAUCAAAGAGGCAUAUGAGAAAUAUGGAGACAUUCGAACAGAGGAAGUGGAAAACAUGCGGAAGAGGAACAAGCUGUAUGUCAUUCAAACACUAGAAGACACAACAAAACAAAAUGUACUGCGUGUUGUUGCUCAAGAUGUGAAAUUCAGUGCUGCUCAGCUGGAUGAGCUCUACAUGCUUUUUAAGAAGCAGCACUUUGUGAGCUGUUACUGGUCAGUAUGUAGUCCUGCCCUGCAGAACCAUGACCCCAGCCUGCCAUAUCUGGACCAGUAUCAGCUAGAUCAGUCCCAGUUUAGUAGCCUGUUUAACCUCCUGCAGCCGUGGACCACACACACGCAUGUGCGCUCACUGGCACGAUCAGCCUUCCGGCUUCUGGACGAGAAUGGAGACGGACUUGUGAACUUCAAAGAAUUCAUGUGCAGUCUGGAUAUCCUAUACAACAGAUCUUUCACAGAAAAACUAAAAUUUCUCUUCAAACUGCACCUUCAACCAGGGACCCAGGAGUGUAAGAUUUUACCGUCGUCUAGAUUUUUUCCUCCGGCUGAAGAUCACUCUUUCUCUACUCGUCUUUCUGACUCUGUAGAGGAUGGAGUGAUCAGAAAAUGUCCAGAGAGAGGUCGUGCUAAAGUAGAUCUGCAGGAAUAUCUGAAACAGUGGCAGGAAGACUUGCAGCGGAGAGAGGAGAAUAUUAAAGAUCUGCCCAGAAUUAAUCAGGUGCAGUUUAUUGGUUUGACGAAGACUCUGUACGGUGUGUUCCAUGGCAACGAGGAGGAGGAGAGUCUGUACCGUGCUGUGGCGCGAGUGACCAGUCUUCUGCUGCGCAUGGAGGAGGUAGGGCGGAAGCUACAGGAGAGCAGCCCGCAGAAAAUGCCCCAAAGUACACCCACCAGCACGGCUCAGCCAGAGACCUCCCCAACAUUACCCACCAGCCCUGAGACCGAAACCCUCGCCGAGGGUGAAGGCGACCAACCCGAGUCUCCGGCCAAUCAACAAGAAACUGCCCCAUCCCACUCUGACAUUACCCCGACCUCAACCUCGCGUCCUUCCACGCCCACCAGCAGUCCCACCGGAACCAGCAGCCCCGUGUUUGACACGCCAGCAGACACGCCCAGCUCGCCCUCUGCAGUCAGAGACGGGGACUGGAGUUUCUCCUUCGAGCAGAUUCUUGCAUCUCUCCUGAAUGAACCAUCUGUCGUUCGCUUCUUCGAACGGGCCAUUGACACAGAUUCUCUGAUCGCACACGCACGCAAAAACCAGCUUAAAGAUGCACACUAACACACUAUAUCAGAGCAAUCACAGCAAAACACUGCCCUAAAAGCCAUAAACCCUCUCCCUUCCUCUUUCUCUUUGCUGUGCGACUUGUACAGGUCAGUGUUUGUGAAACCCUUAUGUCCGUUACAGAUGAGGAAAUAGUUUUAUUUAUAUACAGACGCACAAGUACAAAUCAAAGGGACCCCCAAAAAAAAUUAUUGAAGUAUAAAAUGAUUCAGAUUGCACAGUAUGAAGAAAAACAGGUAUUUUGAUGUAAUAUAAAAGAUUAGUGUUCGAUGUUAUUUGUGUAAUAUAAAUGAUUGGUGUGAGAUAUUGUGAUAUAAUGUAGAUGAAGGUAUUACGAUGUAAUAUAGAUGAGGUAUUAUAUUAUAAAUAAUAGUAUAAAUGGCACGUGUGAUUUGGGAUGACGGCAUGAAAAGGCUUUGCCUGCUUUAUCCAUUAAGUAACCUCGAAACAGCUCACAUGCACUACGUCUCUCAUUCCCAGCCUGACAUGUAGAACCACAAAAGGAAGGAUGAUUGUAAGGGAAAUCAACUGCUAAUGGCUGAAAAAAUUCUAUUGUUUGAGAAUUCAUUCAAAAUAUCUUGUUCCAUAACACGUAUGUCUCCUUACAUUACGUACCUUGCUCGAAUGAGCUAUGAAAUUCUUUCGUUCUUUCUGUAGAGGCUUGAUUAGGAAUGCCCAGAAUGGUUAUGCUAAUGAGGAGGCGGAGUUUAGUCCACAUCAUAUCACAUUCCACUGCACUGAAGGUCUGUAUUAUUCCAGAUUAUAGUCAUGUAAUUCUGAUUCACUGAAUGUGUUUGUGUCUACAAACCGAAAUCUGUGGUUUAUGCCUUAUUGGUUUUUGAUUCAGGACUUCAGUACGAUCACAAGUGCUUCCAUUUAAUUAAAACCUAUUUCAUCUUUAAACAUGUUUCGCAAUCGUUUUGGAGAUUAGUAUCAAAAUAUAUUUGAAUUUUGUCAUAAAACAAGAAGUAUAUUUUCUGUCAUUAUUUUACAGAUUAAAAAAAAAUAUCAUAGAGAACAUACUGAAAUGCUUUAGCAAGAAAAAUAUUUAGUUGCGCUGUAAAUGAUAUGCAAAAAGUGUAUAAGUAAUUUUUCUGUCAGUUCAUGUAGUCGAAGCUGUAAAACAUUAAGUGAUAAAUCACUUCACCUAUCAUAAGAGUUGUAUGAUGCUUAAAAUGGACAAAUGGAUAUGCAGAAUCAUUCUUAAUUUUGAAUUUUGUGUAAAUGUUGAGAGCUUGUGGUGAUGAGUGCAAGAAAAUUGGUGUUUUGUGGUUAUUCCGUUUGAAGUUGUGUCAGGUCUACACCAGCUAAACAACGUUUUUCAUUCUGUGUGUAAUAAAGUAAUUAUGUUCUUCUGAAGCUAAAGGCACCUCAGAGUAGGAAGCCGUAGUGCGUAUUUUCCAUUCGAUUGGUUGGUCAUCUAAGGAAGAUGUUGUUUUGGUUUUGUAUUCUUGCACACUAACCACAAAGUCCAUAGAAAUACUUGCAGAAGGAGUUGCAUUGAAAGAUAAAUUAUUAGUAUUACAUCUCAGAGUCGCUCUCGUACUGUUCUUGCUGAACAUUUGAUGUUCGCUUCAUGUACUUCAGGGUAAUAGUGUGGUCGGUUUGAUUUUUAGUUUUUUUUUAUGUUUAUUUUUUUGUCUUAAAUAUAUAACUUUGUUACAAUCUGUUUGUGCCUCAUAAACUGUCACAUUAUGAAAAUGUAAUGAUAAAAUAAAAUGUAUGAAGAAAGGA